AUGAACCUGUUCAACAAGUCUGAAAUACAGCGGCUGUUGAUUUAUUGGGACCUCAAGGAAUUCCGAUAUCUGGAUCUGGAACGGGUAUCCUUGGCUGGCACAUGUUGUUUGUACUGCUACUUGCAACUUCCUAUUAUUCAAUGGAGCACAGUAAAUUGUGCAGGUAUUUCCUCACUGACACGUUGUUUCAAUAGCUGCUUCUUUUUAGUACUCUAUUAUGCUAUGGAGCACAGUGAAUUGUGCAGCGAACUCGAGUUAGUUGACCUUACGUUACGUUGCAUUACCUGGGACUUUAAAGGGUGUGAUUGCAAGACUGUAUAUUUGGUAGAUCGGCUGGUGGCCGACAACCGGGUAUAUCAUAAAGCUUGCUUCCGGUGCCACCAUUGCAAUAAUACCCUGAAGCUCAGCAAUUUCAACUCCUUUGAGGGGGUUGUGUACUGCAUGCUUCACUUUGAUCAGCUCUUCAAGAGAACUGGCAGCCUAGAGAAGAGUUUUGAAGGAACACCUAAAAUCUUGAAACCCGAAAAGCUCAUUGAGAAUGAGAAUGCAAACAAGAAACAGUGCAAAUGUCAUCAUAUUUCAGCUUCUGAAUUCUCAGGAGCUGCUUCAAGUGCUGCUAUGGAGGUUGUACCAUAA